AUGGCAAGCUCGGGUACCAACGACUUGCAGCCGCUCGGCACGGCCGACAUGGCCGCCGACCGCAUUUCGCGCGAACUGCAGCGGCAAGCGUCGCUCUCCGGCUCGGCAUCCGGUAGCUUUGGCGACAACAAGAAGCACCUCUCGGACGAAGUUGCCGCCGUUUCUGGCGUUGACUCCAUCCCGUACGAGACGGAGAAGAGGAGUCGCUCUGACGGCCUCAUCGAAGAGGAGGACUUUGAGCCGUACGACGUCGCCAGUGGCCAGCCGUUUGCUGAGAGUGAAAUGCCCGUCGAGAUUGGCACGGGAUUGACGUUCCGAUCCCUAUUGGUCGGUACAUUGCUUGGUCUCAUCAUCGCCGCUUCCAAUGUCUACCUCGGCCUCAAGACGGGCUUCACCUUUGGCGCUUCGCUGUUCGGCUCGUUGAUCGGAUGCGCUAUCCUCAAGGCGAUCAGCCGAAACGACUCUUUCGACCACCAAAAGGACGGCUUCAUCAGGUCUCGUAUCAUCAAGGCCAUCAGCCGAAACGACUCUCUCGACCGCCAACAGGACGGUUCCUUCAGAUCUCGUAUCCUCAAGGUGAUCAGCCGAAACAACAAGGCGAUCAACCGAAACAACUCUGCCGACCGCCAAAAGGGCGGCUUCUUCAGCUUUCGCGAACCCUUUGGUCCCAAGGAGAAUGUGACCGUCCAGAGUGCAGCCACAGCGAGUGGCUCUCUUACCGGCAUGUUCGUCGCUGCCAUUCCCGCUGCGGCGCAGCUCGGCCUACUGAACGAUCCAAUCACCGACUUUGGCCGACUCAUUACCUUCUCACUCUGCUCGGCGUACUACGGCGUCUUCUUUGCGAUCCCGCUGCGCAAAUUCUACAUCCUGCGCCAGCGCCUCGUCUUCCCCUCUGCCACAGCCACCGCGCUGACGAUCCGCGCGCUGCACGCACCCGGCGGCGACGCCGCGAUGAAAAAGAAGACGCGUUGCCUUCUCUUCGCAUUCGUCGCCGCGUUCAUCCUCGUAGUCGUGCAGCAGUACGUGCCCGGCAUCCUACAGGACUGGCACAUCUUCUACUGGAUCUACGCCUGGGGCGGAAAGAGCGCCAUCAUCGUCGACUCAUGGGGUUGGAUCAUCGAGCUUACACCGGCCUUCUUCGGCGCCGGCGUCCUCAGUGGCAUGAAUGCAUCGUGGUCUUUCCUCUUUGGCGCCCUGCUCUCCUGGGGUCUCAUCGGACCAUUGACCAUCCACUCGGGCGUCACGGUCGGAAGGCAGUCGGAGAUCGAGCCGCUCGCCUACUCGUUCACGUCGAUGCGCACAACAUCGCCGCGUUACUUCCUCAUGUGGCCAGGUGUUGCGAUGAUGCUGUUCUACUCGUUUGCUGAGCUCGCUAUCACUGGGCCAGCGAUCUACCGCUCGAUCAAGAGUCUCACCGUCAACGUCUACCGUGCGGCACGCAAGCUGGACAAGCAAGAGAACGAGGACGAAUUCGACCCUGCACCAAAGUCGCAGCAGGUCCAGAGCUGGUCAUGGCCGUCCGGCUGGCUUCUGUCUUGCGUCGUCACCAUUCUCGUCUGCACGCUCCAGUUCCACAUGAACGGCGGGAACGUCAUCUUGUCGAUCUUGCUCGCUUGGAUUUUUGCCUUCAUCGGCGUUGCUUGUGAGUCUCUGGUCCAGAUACCACGCGUGACGAGCGGAACGACGGACAUCAACCCGCUCGGCACGAUCGCUAAGAUGUCGCAGCUGGUCGUCGGCGGUGCGCUCAAGGCGGAAGGUCGCACGGGCCCGCCUGCACAGCUGGAGAAUCUGCUGGCCGGCUCGAUUGCGAGCUCGGCGGCGAGCCACGCGGUGGACAUGCUGGGUGACCUCAAGACGGGGCAUCUGAUCCGCGCGAGUCCGCGCACGCAGUACUACGCGCAGCUGAUCGGCAGCCUAUUCGCCGUGCCGUUCAGCGUCGGUAUGUACGUGCUUUUUGCCAAGGCGUACCCGUGUGUGAUCAACGGUCCACUGUUUGACGAGGGCAAGUGCCAGUUCAGUGCACCGUCCGUUGCUGCAUGGAGGUCGGUCACUGUCGCCGUCACGACUCCGAACGCCAUCCCGUUCGUCUCGGGUAUGGUCGCCAUCGGCCUCGGCAUCUUCAGCGCUAUCGUCCCGUUCAUCAAGCACUUCCUCGUCCCGCAAAAGUACAAGGUAUGGGUGCCUAACUUCAACGCCGUCGGCCUUGCGUUCGUUCUACCGCAGGUGUACUACCCCAUCGCCAUGGCUGUGGGCGCUACGUUCUCGUUCCUCUGGCAGCGGAAGAACUUGCGCAACUGGGACACGUACGCAUAUGUGCUGGCAGCCGGCCUCGUCUGCGGCGAAGGUCUGGGAGGAGUCUUCAACGCCGUCCUGCAGAUUGCCGGAGUCUCUGGCAGCGACUACGGCGUGACCGUCGGCGAUCUUGAGGUGGAUGGUCAACCUUGGCUCGUCGCCAGCAGGCCUUGGGAUAGCGCCGGCGGGUAUGCAUACGUUGGCAGAUACGACGACAGCUACUCAUCACUGCUGUCCGAGGUACAAGCGUCUCCGUCCGCCUACCCGAACCAAGCCCUGUCGCACGGCGCGAUCAUCUGGGACAAUGGCGGUGCCGGCGCCUACACUUACCAUCUGUACGACCCGGCGGAUCCGAGCGGCCAGCUGUCGCCGCUGAAAGAACUGUCGCAGUUCAACUUUGGCGCCGCGCCAGUCAUGCCAAAGCUGGUGCAGUGCCCGCACACCGACGCCGACUCUUACCAUCAGCGUGCGGCGUACCAAGGCGGUCAAAUUAUCGCCUGGUAUCAAGUUGGCCAAUUAGUCGACCACUAUAUGUGUCCAUCGGACCUGAUGGGCAAGCGCAAUCUGCUUGCGCCAGAGCAGACAUUUGCGAGGUUGUACCUAGACGCACCAUUCGCUUCUAUUCCUGUUGCACACGUUGACGCGCCCGGCACGGAAGCCGUGCCGGCAUCGAGGGACAGCAGCCAGCCGCAGGACAGCCCGACCCGACCUUGCCAUAUUCGUACAGCAAGGAAUACAGUGGCACACUUGCAGGCUUUGGACUGGACCAGGAGGAUGCAUAUGGAGGACUUCGCACCGAAGAGCCGCCACCGCCCCCAUCGCCACCGAAGCUGGAGAUGGCGCCCAUGCGGCUGCAAGUUCACGCAUGAGUGCAUCCGCUUAUGGAGUCGACCGGAACUCGUGCACAUCACGUCACUAGUUCAGCAGCAUCCGGAUAUCCUGGAGAUGCUGCGCGCGUCGAGCGCUCCGCCGCCAGAGUACCAGCUGGGGUACAACACAGGAGUGGCGAGCCGCCAGGGCCAGGUCGGACGUCCCGAAACCCCGAAAAUGGUGCAUGGGUCAGCAUGGAUCAAUGCGCUUGGAGGCAAGCAGCGGCAGGACGCCGGACUUGCCGCCGCGGACUGGAACGGGGCCACACAGCAAGGCCAGGCUUAUCGGGCUGAUGCUGCGCCUGGCACUGCCACCGCUGCCUUGGAUCAGCAACCGUACGGAGCAGCUGCGGAGAGUUACGCUGCGAACGGCGAGCAAAUGGGGCAAGGUAAGUUGCAGCGGUGA